AUGGAAGGGGCUAUCCCGUUCAACAUUGAAGGCAUCGACGAGCCUUGCUACACGUGGUAUAAGGUUUACGGCGAUUUGAAGGCGACCCCUGGCAACAUUAGACCGCUAGUUCUGUACCCUGGUGGACCAGGAGCGUGCCAUGAGUAUCUACUCCCUCUUGUGGAUUUACACGAACAGCAUCGGAUUCCGUUGGUAUUCUAUGAUCCAGUCGGCAAUGGAAAGUCCUCGUCGCUCUCCCAGAAAGCAGACGACGUGUCUUUCUGGACCCCAGAGCUCUUUGAAAACGAGCUUCACAACUUGGUCAACUAUUUAGGACUUCACGAGCGCGGGUUCGACUUUUUUGGUCACAGUUGGGGUGGCAUGCUAGGCUCUCGCUAUGCCGCUUCACAGCCAAAAGGCCUCCGGAAGCUUGUACUGGCGAAUACACCAUCCAGCGUGAAACUCCUAAAUGACCAUGAUAAGAGUCUUUUGUCUCAAUUUCCACAGGAAGUUCAAGAAGCAUUUGAGAAAGCAGAAAAAGAAGGUCGUUCCGACUCAGAGGAGUAUCAGCAAGCAGCAAUAGCGUUCUAUAAGAAACACCUCUGCCGCGCUGAUCCAUGGCCUAGUGAGAUGGAAGCCACCUUGAGUCACCUGGAGGAAUCAAAAGCCUAUCAACAUAUGUACGGUCCUUCAGAGUUGACUUGUACCGGCAUUUUGAAAGACUGGGACACUGCCCCAAUAGCAUCUCAGAUACAAGCUCCGACGCUCUUAAUCAACGGCCAGUACGACGAAGUUGGGGACUCGGCAGUGCAGCCAUUCUUUGAUACGAUCCCGCGGGUUCGUUGGAUUACCCUAGAGGGUGCAAGUCAUAUGGCUCACAUUGAAGUACGCCAGCGAUUUAUGGAAGUGCUGUCUGGAUUUCUGCUGAGUCAAUCUUGA